UAUAAACUUAAUAAAGGUUGAACCAUCCACGACAGAAAUGUGUUGUUUAUGACUUGAAAGGAUAAGUGAUUUUUAUGCAUUUGUUGAUGAUUUUAUCGUAAAUAAAUGCCCUUAGUUCUUGUAAUAACAAUCCCAUACAGAGGUUUUUUCUGAAGCAAAUAUCAGCAAAGAAUUGUGAAUUUCUGGCAUGCAUCAGAAUGUAAAAAUUCGUUGAAUUUUUGUGUUAGACUAAGACUGGUUUAUUUUUUAUACUUAUGAUUGCUCGCAUUCUUUUCAGCGUGAAAUUUAUUGGAUCUUCCAAUUAAAAGGGUAGUCAUAAAUAAGUGGAUAAAAAAAUACGUGGCGCCACUAAAUUGCGGAAUACUCAAAGUGAAUCAGGCCAAGUCUAUUAAUUAUGAAUCAAGAUAAAUAUGUACGCGAAACCCUAUAAUCAAAAGCUCGCUAUUUUUGUGACUCAUAGGUAGUCAUUAUUUUUUUGCGUAUUUAUCUAUCAACCGCAAAUUUCAGAUAUUUAAUGAGUUUAUUUGUUCUGUUUUCUAUGCCCUCUGUAUCUUUUAAAUACAUCCUGUUAAAUAAGGUCACCUCCUUAUUUUAUUGUUUUAUAAUAAAAAUGUGUAAUUUGUCUACCAGAUGCCACUGAAGUAUACUUUCGAAAGCUUUUUGUUUUUUAAAGCAGAUCUUACUGUACUAGCAAAUAUUUUCAGAUGUAUGUAUAGAGUCGGUUCAACGUGAAGUUUUGCAAUAAUAAGCAAUGUGACUGUGCGUAUUAUUAUUAUAGUGUUGUUAACUAAAGACUGCCUGAAGUACAUCUAAAGAUUCAAUGCAAUCGCUGUGCAAAAAUCAUUUCCUUCAGCAAGUUUAUAGAAAGAUAGAUGGCGCUUUGUUGUGGUCACAGAACGAAAGAAAUCUGGACUGCGUUAUAACGUUUCAAACUCAUUCGAUUUUGCAACGUUUUAUGUUGCGAUUUGAUUUUCUACAAUUAGAUUGCAACGAUCAUUUGUACAUCUACGAUGGAGCUCAUCCCGUAGGAACGUAUAAGUCUGACCUAUCCUGCAGAAACACCAAGCAUACACUGGGUGCAAUGUUCACCAGGACAAACUACGUCACCCUCAAGUAUGUUACCGAUUCUUGGGGUACAGACUCUAAUGGAUUCAAGCUUGUGAUCACGGCUGUUAAAGAUCCGAAGCACGCAUGCACGGAAUUUCGUUGUACUUUGCGGGAAUUCUGCAUUUCCAACGAUUUAAUCUGCGACGAAAUCAAUCAUUGCGCUGAUGGCUCUGACGAAUCUUCGAAGACCCUGUGUCAAAACAACGAGUCGAAUACCAUUCUUGGUAUGGAGAUGACAUGGUUUGUAGUGAUGAUAGUCAGUCUCAUCCUAAUUGUAUUCGUUAUCAUAGCGGUGUCCGUCUGCAUUUGUAGAAAAAGUUGGAUACCCCGACCCAGCAAUAGUAUACAGCAAAACGCAUCGUAUUCAUUGCAACCGGUGUACGGUUCGAACGGGGCAAUGAUGAAGCAACAGCCACCCCCGUACAAUCAGCAGCCUGGUUGGAAAACGACGUUGCUAGUCCAGCAACCCGAUCAGGGAAACUGGCGCCACCCUGCGGGCCCACUAGGGUUCCGCUUCAGCAUGCCGGCCCGGGUCCGCCUCUACUGCCAGGCAAAAUAAUAAGGAACGCCACAACAGGGGCGUCCGUCAACGGGGCUGAUACUACCAGUGUCGCCGACCUCGUCACAAAGAACCAAGUCCAACAACAGAAACAGCAAAAGGAUGAAUGGUUCGUCUAGCAGUAGGGGUAACCGGGCCACAGCCUGCAGGGUGAGCCGGGUGUGGAACCCAGCGCCCGGUCAGCAACACACUUCCAGGUUCCCAUAAUAGGUCACGUGUAAAAGCGUGAUUUUCUGCGAUGUGUGAUUUGCCGUAAUUAAUGGACUCAUAAUUAGGUAAUCAUUUUUAAUUGUUUUGUACAGGUCAUCUAUUUUUAAUGGUAUACAUAUAUACGAACACAUGUAUGGUAUUGUGCAAUGACGCGGAAAAUCCCUAACAGUUACAUAGGAGUACGCAGCAUUUUCCAUUUUAUAGAAUUGACAUUGCAUUUUUUUAUUCUUGCGAUAAUCCACAGGGAGGUUUAUCUCAUAAAAGUAACUGCAAACAUUUCAAAAGUGUUUUACCUUUACAGUUAAUCCAACCUAACCUUUUUGAUAUUUUACACGUUUCCUUCAGCGUUAAUUACAAGAACUAAGUAAAUUCAAAUUUUAAUUGAAUGUAGAAUUGUCAAAAUCGCACUUUUUUCAUGUUUCUGCAGAAGUUAUCUUUUUAUUCAGAUGUCUAGCACUUAUUGAAUGUACGCAUCAUAAAGCAAAAGUGCUUUUUUGUGUUAUCUGCUACUAUUUUUUUUUGUAUAUAUACCUGUAGGGAAUAAAUACCGAAAUUACUGAUAAUAUGCAUUAACUACAAUUAUGCAUAAUAAUAUUUCAACCAUUUUCAUUGGCCAACAACAUGGACGCUUUCCUAAAAGUAAUUAAUUAUUCAGUUGAACUUUUUCGGUCUUUUUUUGUAAAUAGUAAAAUGUAAUAAAGUUUUAGCUAUGCUUAGGUGGAAAAUAGAGAAGCGAAGUUAGACAAAAAAAAAUUGUAAUACGCUAGUAUGACUUUUCGAUGUUUAACCUAAGAAAACAAUAGUUUUAUCGUCCUAACAAAUUGUAACUGAUGCAUUAUCUAGAGUAUACACCAAGUGUUCAUUUUUACGCGACCCUUUGAUAACAUUUUUAUAAGUAAAGUAAUUAACGCACACAGUAUCGACAUUUAUGAGGUAACAAUAACUACGCAUAAAAAUUAAUUAUUUAAUUUUGCUAUUGUAUAUGCAAAUGUAUUAUCCGUAAAGUACUUACCAUGGAAUGGCUAAUUUAAUAUUGGAUAAUUUAAAGCUCUGGGAUAACCAAAAUUAUGUUCCUAUCGGUUAUCAGUCGGGACAGUUGUCGUUUCUUUUUAAGGAUAGAUCCAUUCAAAAUUACCAAGUAUGUAAAUUAAAUCACAAUUUUCAUUCAAAAAAAAAAAAAUAAAUAAAAUUAUAUUACGAAAAAUGGUGUCAUUAUCCUUUUUUGGACUAUCUAAUCAGAAUUGGGUAAAGGUUUAGUGUUUUGUGCUUGAAAAUGUGCUUUCUGUCCUUUAAGGGCUUAGAUGCACUUUUGUGAAUAAGUACUUAGGACUUGGUAAACAAAUUACUUUAUAAAAAUGCUUUUGUAAUUUGUACUUCAAAGGACUUAAAGCUCUUUACUUAAGCCUUUGAGUCUAACCAUUUUUCGAGGUAAUUAACUAUCUUAAGUCCUUGUAUUUUAAAAUGUAGUUAGGACUUCAAGGACUAAAGCACAUUAUAAGAGCUUUAGCGUAAGUCUUGAAGAUCUUUUGAUAAGGAUUUUGCCCAGUUUUACUUCUAAUUAUUAAAAAUAUGUUCACAUUUGGUGUGUAUUUUAAUAAUAAUUAAUUACUUUAAGAAAAUCAUUUAAAAAAAAAGUUUUUUGUCUGGCUUUAAAUUGAUCCUGUAAAUUAAUCAUUUCACAGGUCCUAGUAACGAGAUCCUUGUAAAACAAGUCUUAUAGAAAAGAACAAUAACAAUAUAUAGGAUUCAUACUGUGAAUGUCCUUUUAUACAAGAUUUUCCUAGACUAUUAAGGUGUGCUGUCGCUAGUAAAUCAUGUUAGAUAGGUACUAAAUACAAUUUAAGAAAUAACAAAGAAUUUCGUGUAAAAUCUAAAAUUUAUUACCUAUCACUAAAUAGUUUUGUAUAAACUAGACGGAAAUAGUAUUUACUAGUAAUCGUAUUAGAUCGAAUUAGUCCGGUAUUUACAGUAUAACUGAACGUUAUUCUAAUUUUAAACUUCAUACGGUAGACUUAACUGUCACAACUUUCCUUGAUGAGGAUUCAUCCAAACGUCUAAAUUUUUACGGUCAGACUUCCCCAAAUCCGUUAGUUUCAAGUAUUAAUUGUACUACAAGUUUCUUCGAUUGUGCUAUCCAAAACAUUCUAAAAGUUUGAAAACGUUAUCGGCAUCUAAAUUUUUUUAUUUGGAAACUCAAAUUAAUUUACUAAUGUUGCAAUUUCUUGAAACUGAUCAAAAUUAUUUAAAGGGUUUAUACUGUAACUAGGCAUACAAGAAAAUAUCUGCUAAUCAUGAUUUCUGACAUAUAAAAAUAAUAAAUACAUUUUGCUACAACAGCAGCCUAAGUGUGAUUAAACAUAAUAUACAUAAAAAA